UCCGCCUAAUUUUUCUUUGAUAACCUUUAGAGUUAGCAUAGGCGCCAAUAUUUAAAGUAUUUGUCACAUUUCGUGAAUUAGUUUCUUUUCUAAGAAAAAGUAUGGAUUGUAACUUGCUUACGGCCAAAUUGUCGCUGGGAGAUGGCAAGAAACUUUACAAGCGCAAAGAACACGCAAAGAUGGAGUACCUGGGCCAUACCCAGACAGCCACUUACAUGACUGGUCCUCGGCUAGGAGGAAGCAAUGCGCAAACAUUCCUACCAAGCAUUAGCACAAUGCAAUCCUCCUAUAAAGCCCAUGAUACAUACCCCGCCCCAUCACCUCUCAGGAGAUCCCUUACCACCCUACCAUGGCGGCCUAGCACAUACUACCAAACAGCCCGAGUCAACACAAGCUCAGCAUUAACAAGAAGUAUGCCAGAGCCAAUGUCAGCUAAGAAUCAACUGUCAGAAUUGGACAAUGUUAAGGUUCCACCAGUGUUUGCUGCAGCUAGGAAUGCCUUGUAUACUCGUUACACGCCUAACGAUUGGUAUAGUUCAAACCACAGUAACUACAUGGCUUCAGAUCGAGUAAGGAGUAGUGCCGAACGUCUUCGUCUUGAUACAGUUCGUCUAUGUAGAGAAACGGACGACAAAACCAAGAGGACCCAGAGUGAUGUUGGAAAGAGGUUAGGAGAGAGAAUUGGGGAUAUACAGUUCUGGAAGACGGAGCUCCACCAUGAGACCGACAACAUGAUCACCGAGAUCAAUGCCCUGCAAGAGGCCAAGCGAGUGUUGGAGAAGGCUCUGCAAGAAACAGAAAACCCUCUCCACAUUUCUCAAGAGUGUCUGUACCACAGAGAGAAGAGACAGGCUAUCGACUUGGUGCAUGAUGUUCCUGAGAAGGAACUGAUCAAGGAGGUGGAUCUGAUCAAACGCUGUCAAGAAAAGAUGAGGAACACCAUUGAGCGCGCCAACGUUCAACUCGGUCUGGACAGAGCAGCUCAACAUGAGUUAGAGAUUGAUUCAGCUGACAAAUUUGUAGCGAAUAGUUUGGAUGAAAAUUGCCAUGGAAUGCGCAAUUCUUCUCGUGGUAUUGCUUACCACAACGGCGUACAGAGAGUUGACAACACCGUGUCUGUGCCUGAGACAUGGGCUAAAUUUAGCAACGACAACAUCCAGCGUUCUCAGAGCGAGCGUGCUGCCUCCAAACAGAUGAGGAACGAAAUUGAAAGCGCACUCAACUCAUGUGCCAACGACAUGUGGCAGGAAUGGAACUCCGUCAAUGUUGCCUUGACCCAGCGCAUUGGAGAGUCCACUGAUGCUAGGAACAGGCUCCAGACCCAUUUGUCUAAGGUCCUCCAAGAGAUCUUCGACAUGGAGAAGAACAUUGAGCUGCUGAAGAAGGCUAUCCAGGACAAAGAGGCUCCAAUGCAGGUGGCUCACACCCGUUUGGACACUAGGAUACGUAGACCUAACGUUGAACUCUGCAGAGAUCCAGUACAACACAGGCUGGUUGAAGAGGUUGGCGAGAUCGGUGUGACUGUGGAUCACUUGCAGAACAAACUGCGCAUGGCCGAGAACGCCCUUCAGCAGCUUCUGCGCACCAAGGCCAGUCUGGAACAAGACUUGUCCAUCAAGAACAACAGCUUGUUCAUCGACCGCGAAAAGUGUCUGGGCAUGCGCAAAACAUUCCCAAUGUCACCACGUGUUGUUUCAGUCUAAAUUGCCAUAAACUUUAGUGGACCAAGUGAAUUAUGGAAUUGUUAUUUCAAUUGAACAAUGUUAUUUAUCAUCGGAUGGUUUAUGCAAGAUUUCUUUAUAAACAAAACCAGUAAAUAAGAUAAGCAACAUACGUUGGUACUGUUAACGGUUAAUACUUUCACUAUUAUCAUAAGACUUUGUUACUAUUCAGAGUGCAGAAUGUACUAACUUUGUCUUUCAGUAAGAAAUCAAUGUUUAUGUCUUGGAUAAACCAUGUGUAUACUGUACACACAACAGCGUUGUUGUCCAAGAACAGAACUCUUGUCUGUUGGGUUUGUCUCGGAUCAGUAUUGCACAUAUUACUAUUUAUAUUCCUGUAUAUAAUUACCGUUGGGUGAUGAUUCUGUCCACAUAUUCGUGUGUUUUGAUCAGUAUUAUAAUAAUAAAGGUGUGGUUACAUACAGCUGUGAUAACAUUAUAGGAGAUGAUACACCAUGUAUUGUUGUACAUUUUCCAACCAUUUUGAUAUUUCGUAACUGGUGUUUAAGAUAUAUUUCGAUUCAACACACUAGAACAAGAUGGAAGGUUAAUGUUACAAAACAACGUAUGUGCUAUUCAUGUUAACAUGAUAUAUUUUACAUCUUGAUUUUUUAUAUAGUGCGUUAAAGCAAUAUAGAGCUCCACUUUGUUUUACACAUUUUUCCGAAAUUUUUCUUUUUCUGCACGAUUUUGAUGUAUUUCAAAUUUAUUGAAUCAACAAGUGAAUAUAAUUUCUUUUUGAAAGUUCGGUCUUACUCUUGCUUAUAAAUAUUGGAAAUAAAACCAAUUCCUUGAACCUUUUGAUAAAUAUAUUUAUAAGAAUUUGGUUAUGAAUUUUUUCCUUUUUACAUCACAUGCAUUAGCAAAUAUUGCACAAUGUAAACAUAUAUACUUAAUUCUGUAUUUUAAUGUAAGUAUACACAAUAUCCAAUCGCAGAAGGUGAUUUUUCCCCAGCAUGUAAUGCUAUAUUUUUUGGCACUGUAAAUAUUUCUGUUAAUUAUAUAUAUAUCUAUUGCAUAUCUGUGAUACUCUAAUAGAUUAUUUAAUAUAACCGUCGGUAGGUCUUUUCAUAUUUUGCCUGUCAGUAUUUGCACUGUGUGUCACCAUUAUUUCCUCGUUAUCGCGUCAUCAUUGUGCUUUGUGAUGUCAUAUUACAAAUGAUCCGUCCUACAUACUUUACACUGCGAAUGUUAACGAAAAUAAGACCUAUAUUAUAUAUAAUUAUUGUUUGCUCAGUCGCGAAUUUUGUAUGGUUGAACACUUUUAAAAAAUAAACUGGAUGCAGUGAAAAAAA